CUUGAACAAAAAAAGUUUCAGAAACAUGCAGAGAAAAGCAGACAAAAAGCAACCAUAAAGUGAGUCACCUGGACUUUUACAACAUGUCACUGGUCACUCAGACUUAUAUAAGCUGGUGUUCUUGGGCUUCAAGAUACUGAAGACCAAAGACUUGCCUCUUUAAAGCUGGUUCGUAAACUCCACCAUGAAGCACUUGGUGGUCUUGAGUGCUCUGAUGCUGCUGCCAUGCAACAUUGCCUUUCCAUUGUCCAAUCCCCAAUCUGCACUAUCCAGCUCCAAGGACCUGAAAUUUAUAGAGGCUUACCUUGAUCGCUUUUUCCCACAAAUUGAUAAAGCAAUCAAGCAAACCUUAGAAGAACGGAUCAGAGUAAUGCAGAGGUUCUUCCAUUUGACUGUAACGGGGAAGAUAGAUACUGAAACAAUCAAGGUAAUGGAACAGCCCAGGUGUGGAGUUCCAGAUCUCUUGGAAUUCAGGAAAUUUCCAGGAGCACCAAAAUGGAAUAAAAAUAUAUUGACGUACAGGAUUAACAACUACACCCCUGAUAUGCCUAAACACAAAGUAGACAAAGCCAUAGCAAACGCACUGAAAGUGUGGAGUGAUGUGACCCCCCUACAGUUCAGAAGGACCACCAGACCUGCUGAUAUUGAAAUCCUUUUUGCUUAUGGUGAUCAUGGUGAUGCUCCUUUUGAUGGAAGAGGUGGAAUUCUGGCACAUGCUUUUGCCCCUGGACCAGGCCUAGGUGGUGAUGCUCACUUUGAUGAGGAUGAGGCCUGGUCAGAAGUCGAUAAAGAAAUUAAUCUAUUCCUUGUUGCUGCACAUGAAUUUGGGCAUUCCCUGGGACUAGCUCACUCUGAUGUCCGUGGUGCCUUGAUGUUUCCUACCUACUCCUAUGUGAAUCCAAACAAUUUUCGUCUUCCAGAUGAUGAUCGGCGAGGAAUUCAGAGUUUAUAUGGAAGGAAGACGAAUUAAUAUGGGAAAAAAUGGAACGGACCUAUUUUGUAUUGAAACCCAUUUAUCAUGAGUUCUCCAUCACCGGAGGCCUUUAAGAAGAGGCUGAAUAGCUGUCUGUCUGUCUGCCUGUCUGAGAUUCUCUACUGAUCUUUGCACUGAGCUAGAGGUUGGACUGGAUAGCCUCAAGGGCGCCUUCCAACUCUAUGAUUCCAUGAUUUUACCAAUGCAAAAUCACAAGAAUUCAUGCAGUUUUGAAGGAAGAAUUGUGAAAUGAAUAAUAAAGGCUAAAUGAAUG